AGUUGCAGCUUUCCAAUUGUCUGCAAAAACAAGUCAUCUUCAGAAAAGUCAGCGAGUUCGGUGAAGCCACGGUGAAGCGAUUCAUCUUCUAUGAUUCCUCCAAUGGAGGGAUGUUGCAAAGCCACAGUGAAGCGAUUUCUGAACCUGUCUGUACAACCGAGAAAUCUGCCCGCUCUACUCUUCCGGGCUUUACCUAAGCUGAUUUGUCUCCCUCCUAAUUUACACAAGAAAUUCAGCAUUGAUCCAGCACUGAUGGAGGAUAUAUUACCAGAGCUGCCACAUGACAUACUUAUGGAUAUAUUUGCCCUUUUGGAGAUCCCUGAUCUUGCACGUGCUGGCUCUGUCUGCCCCUCCUGGUGCUCCGCAUAUACCAGUCUAUGCAACCUUGGGCAGUACAAACAGUCCCAAACGCCGUGCCUGCUGUACACCUGUGAGAGCGAUGCACGCCUCUACAGCCUUGUGGAGAAGAGGUCAUACAAGUUAACUCUCUCGGGGCCGCCUAUCCACAGUAGAUAUCUGAUUGGGUCCUCAAAUGGCUGGCUGGUUACUGCUGAUGAUAGGUCUGAGAUGCACCUUCUCAAUCCUAUUACCAUGGAACAGAUUGCUCUUCCAUCCGUGAUCACCCUCCAGUCGGUAGCACCCAUUCUCGAUGAAACGGGUGCCGUGUACAAGUAUAAUUUCUGGAAUCGUGCCACACGCCCACCUAGGACCUUUGCUCUUGAUGAACUACGGAGGUACCUCCACCGCAAGGCAUUUGUAUUUUAUGAUACAUCUGCAAAACGUUAUAUCGUGGUGCUCAUCCACAGUCCACGUGGCCAGCUUUCAUUUGCUUGGUUAGGGGAUAGCAAGUGGACCUGUCUGCCACCAGAUAGAUAUUUUCAUGACUGUGUCUACAAGGAUGAUCUUUUAUAUGCUGUGGCUGGACAAGGAUAAAUUUUUGCCUUUAAUCUCAGAGGCCAUAUUGUCACAGAAAAGUUAAUUGUGGACAUAGCAAAAGAUUAUAUUUGUGAAAAUAUUUACAUUGUUCAGGCUCCUUGUGGUGAUCUGCUGCAAGUUUGGAGAUUGGAAGCUGAAAAUGGGUAUGGUGGAAAUGUGGACGACGCAGCCUAUGAAAAACAUACUGUGAAGAUCGAUAUAUUUAAAGUUGACACUACAGCUGAAAAGCUCUUGAAAUUAACUAGCUUGGAUGAUCAUGUCUUGGUUCUUGGCUUAGCUAAUCACUUUGUCUCAGUGCUGAAGAAUAUCCACAGUUGAAGGCAAAUUGUGUCUACUUUACAGAUGAUAAUGAGAUGUAUCUUUUUGGUCACAAGAAUAACCGUCGUGAUAUUGGAGUGUUUGACUUGGAAAAUAACAGUAGAAAGGAACUUGUAUCUCCUCAGCUUUGGUCCAACUGGCCUCCUCCCAUAUGGGUAACACCCGCACUUACUGAAUUGUGGCCAACAAAAGUUCCACCGUACCCGACACCAGCUUCGAGUUUACAAUUUUGUUACCCAUCGUUCCUGCGAGCCGCUUACAUUUUCUUUUGUAUUACUAUUAUAUCAGCCUACCUGAGAA